AUGGUGUGCAUAUCAACUCCUUCAUUCUCAUUAGCAAUAAAUGGCAGCAUACAUGGAUUUUUCAAAGGAAAACGAGGCUUACGGCAAGGGGAUCCUUUAUCACCUUUAUUAUUUGUGAUAUGUCUUGAAUAUCUCUCGAGAGCUUUGAAGGUAGCCACCAACAACCUCGAUUUUAAUUACCAUCCGAAGUGUGGGCCAUUGAAAAUCACACAUCUUGCAUUUGCCGAUGACUUGAUGUUGUUUGCUAGAGGUGACAGUACAUCGAUAUUUGGGGGUUCCAUUAGUUGCAGGAAAAUUGAAAGUCAUCCACUACGCCCCUUUUUCGAUAAGAUAGCUACAUAUAUACAUGCUUGGACGAUAAGAUCAGUCUCACAAGGCGUUGAAUGCUUCUGGCUAUCUAUAUUCCCGAUGCCCACUGCAGUUUCUAUGAGGAUCACAAGGCUUUGUAGGAACUUCCUUUGGAAUUCCAAAAAACUGCUGGUUGCAUGGUCCGAAGUUUGCCUUCCCAAAAGUGAGGGCGGACUUGGAUUUCGAGAUAUAAAAUGCUGGAACAAUGCACUAUUAGCCAAGUCGUUGUGGAAUGUGCAUGCCAAGAAGGACACACUUUGGGUGCAAUGGAUCAAUCACGUGUAUCUGAGAGGGACAUCAAUAUGGGAAAGGUCACCCAAAAAGGAUGACUCACUCCUAUUAAAAAAGAUGAUGUCUAUUGCUCAACGCAUGAAGGAAGUUGAAGGAUCAAAUCAUGCUGCCUACCAACGAAUCUCUGGAUCCAAGGAGAUAAUAUAUGGAUUUCUAAAGCUUAUGAUUACUUUCGACCGAAGGGGACGCCAACUAUCUGGGCAAAGACUGUUUGGAGUUCAUGCAUCACUCCUAAACAUUCCUUCAUUCUUUGGCUUAGCGUGA